AUGGUUCUUGAUGAACCAAUCACUGUACCGAAGAACUACCAGCAUGUCCUGUCCUUAGCAUUUGCUGUGAAAAAAAUCAACGAGAACCAUGACAUGUUACCCAACAUCACCCUCGGCUUCCACAUCUAUGACAGCCACUUCAGUGCAAAGAUGACUUACCAGAACACCUUGAACCUUCUUUUUAGCCAGACUCAGGAAAGAACUCUUCUAAACUACCAUUGUGAUCCCCAGAAAACUCCAGUCACUGUCAUUGGGGGCCUUGAUGCUGACACCUCCUUCCACAUGCCUACUAUCUUAGGCAUCUACAAGAUUCCACAGCACCCUAGCACGGAGAGGAAUGAAUGCUUCCUGAAAGCUCUAAACUUCCUAUCCUAUGAUGAACCUUUGGGCAUCGGUUUGGCUAUUUUGGCUGUGACCCUUGCUGUGAUCACAGCAUCAGUGCUUGGAAUCUUCCUUACCCACCGGCACACCCCCAUUGUCAAAGCCAACAACCAGAACCUCACUUACACACUGCUCACCUCCCUCCUUUUCUGCUUCCUCUGCUCCUUGCUCUUCAUUGGCCAGCCUCAGAAGCUCAUCUGCCUCCUGAGACAAAAUGUUUUUGGUGUCACCUUCUCAGUGGCCAUUUCUUCUGUCUUGGCAAAAACCAUCAUGGUGGUGCUGGCAUUUGUGGCUACCAAGCCAGGAUCCAAGAUGAGGAAAUGGGUGGGGAAAACGCUUGCAAACUUUAUUGUGCUCUGUUGCUCAUUUAUACAAGCCAUGUUCUGCAUGGUGUGGCUGUACACAGACCCUCCAUUCCCACACUUGGACAUGAACUCUCUCCCAGAAGAAAUCAUAGUGGGAUGCAACGAAGGAGCAGCUGGCGCCUUCUACUAUGUUCUUGGUUACCUGGGACUUCUCUCCACCAUCUGCUUCCUAGUGGCUUUCUUUGCUCGCAAAUUACCAGACACUUUUAAUGAAGCCAAGUUCAUUACAUUCAGCAUGCUGGUAUUUUGCAGUGUGUGGGUGUCUUUUGUCCCCACGUAUUUAAGCACUAAGGGGAAAUAUAUGGUGGCUGUGGAAAUUUUCUCCAUCUUGGCCUCUGGUGCUGGUUUAUUGGUUUGUAUUUUUUCUCCCAAGUGUUAUAUAAUUGUUCUGAAACCUGAACUGAACAGUAAGAAGCAACUAAUGAGGAGAAAUAAAUAA